AUGAAGCUCACCAAGCAACCAGACCGACAGAGUUUCUACAACUUCUCUGCGCCUGUAGAUAUUCACAACCCGGCGUUCCAAAGUAAAAUUCACACGACGAGGGACUAUAUCUCAAAUCUCUUUAAAACGCAAAAAACGAUCUCCCAGACGUUGAACAAAGCAGUAACUACUGGUGUGCAAUAUCUUGGUGCUUUACAGGAAGUGUUUGAUACGUUCUUGUCAUUCAGUGACAUCACCGAAUCGCCACAAACAUUUUCGAAGAUCUUCGAACCACAGAAACAAAACAUCGAAAUACAACGAAGGUUUCUGUGCAAUGUCAUAGAUUGGAAGAUCCAAAUGGACAUAGACAUUUCAAAGCAACUUUCUCAGUUUGAAACGCUCGACAAAAACUAUAUGAAAGCAGCAAAGACAUUCGAUACCGAUUUCUCAAAACUUGUGAAGUCAAAAGCGUCGCAGAACGAGAAAGCAAAAAUCUCCGAAAACGACAUUCAACGCGAGACUGCCAAAUUUUGUGACGAGAUGAAUGUUGUUCGAUGGAAUGUAGGACAAGUGAUUCAAUCCAAUGGCAUUCAAUUCUGUCGCUCGUUUGAAAAGUGUUAUUCGCAGUGUGCACAGACUAUCGUCCCCAUCUCAUUUUCACAAGAAAUGGUAUUCAAAAAGCCAUCAGAGAAACUUCAACUGUUUACUCCACCACCCAACUGUGGACUUGUCUUCGCUAAAGGUAAUUUGUGUCCAAAUGGGAGAAACUACUUCUUUAUGAAAGGAAAGACACUCAUGGCGGUCAAUAAAAAGGUUGGAGAGUUCGUGGUGACAGAUGUACUCACUUCACUCGCAAAGCCACAACUCGACAACCACACAUUCGAGUUAAUAACUCCAGCGUCUUCUUCACUCAUCUCGACAGUCUCAUUUGAUGAGAUGAUGAAGUGGAUAACACUCAUGGACGCAAUCAAAAAUGACGCAGAGCAUUACCAAGAGAUCCAAAUCAGCCCAUUGACGGGGGUUAAUCCGCUCGAAGUGACGAAGAUGUUGUGGGCAAUAUCAGGGAACGAGAAGUGUGCGGAGUGUGGGAAGGCAGACCCCGAGUGGGUUUCUCUUACAUUAGGGGUCUUGAUAUGUUUAGAAUGUUGUGGAGCACAUCGAAGUCUCGGCGUCAGAGUGUCACGUGUGAAGUCGUUGAUGAUGGAUAGACUUGAAGGAGACUCGAUUGAUGUAGUUAAGAAUCUUGGGAACACGUAUAUUAACUCGAUAUAUCAAUUGCAGAAGCCUGGCGUCUUAGUAUCGCAGAAUGCGAGUGGUUCCGAGAGGUACACGGCUAUCAGAGAGAAGUACAUUGAAAGGAAGUUCAUGAGAAAGAGUUGUAAUGUGAAUGUUAUAAACGAACUUACAAACAAGAACCUGAGAGGUAUCAUGACAGCAAUUUGUGUGUGUGGGGUCGACAAAGUACCGAGUGGAUUUUUGGUGUUGGCUGCGAAACAAGAGGAUGUCAGUGUAAUGACUUUGUUACUCUUACAUGGCGUUUCUGUGGAUCAACAAGAUGGAGAUCUGAACACUGCAUUACACAUUGCUAUUAUAAAAAAGAAUGAACGAAUGACUUCUCUUCUAAUGAAGUACUCACCAAAUUUGAAUAUUAAAAACAAAGAGGAGAAGACAGCAGUGGACCUUGCAAAUGACGAAGGCUUUGAGCUUGGUGUAAAAAUGCUUGGACAUUUUAGUCGUUCCGAAUUGUCGCCGAUGAUCGAAGACAUCGAUGAGAAGUAUUUAUCGACGAUAGUUUCGCGAAGCAAAUGA